GUAGGAUUGACGCCUAUUUUGUCGUCAUCAAGAGGCUGGUGCACCCAUAUUUGUACUUUAUAGACGCCUUAUUUUGUUAGGCAAACGUAAAUUUUGCAUAUUGGAAAUGAAAAUGCAAGCAAUGAAUCUGAGAUUAUUGUGCUCAAUUCAAUUCCAAACCAUCCUUCUCUUGUUGGUUGUACUUCUACAUAUUAAAACUCUUUCUGUUUCUGGUAUUAGUAUUGCCACCUCAACUUAUUUCGGUGGGAAUGAGACUGAUCAUCAAGCUUUGUUGGCCUUCAAGAGACAGAUAACACGUGACCCUGAAAACGUUUUCAGCUCGUGGAAUGAUUCCUUCCAUUUCUGCGAGUGGGAAGGUGUUACUUGCAGCCGCAAGCACAGAAGAGUCACUGUAUUAGAUCUUCGGACCAAAGGUUUGGUGGGUUCCUUGUCUCCAUACAUAGGCAACCUCAGCUUCAUUAGGGAAAUAGUGCUGGCAAACAACACCAUUGGAGGCAAAAUCCCUGAUGAAGUUGGCCGUCUAUUCAGGUUGCAAGUAUUGUGGUUGUCUAAUAACUCCUUCCAAGGGGAAAUUCCUGCAAACCUUUCCCAUUGCUCCAACAUUAAGAUUCUUAGAGUCGGAACCAAUGACCUUUCGGGGUCAAUCCCAAAGGAGCUUGCUUCUUUAUCGAAGCUGAAGUUUCUAGCUCUUAGCACUAACAAUCUCAGGGGAGGAAUCCCACCUUUCUUUGGGAACUUUAGCUCUCUCCAAGUUUUAUCUGCACCCGAAAAUGUCUUUGGAGGACACAUUCCAGAUGUCUUGGGUCAAUUACGAAGCUUGAAUAUACUUGACCUGUCUGACAAUAAACUCUCUGGACAUAUUCCAGAUACCUUGGCUCAAUUAAGAAGCUUAACGGUCCUUGCACUGGAUAGUGAUAAACUCUCUGGACACAUUCCAGAUGCCUUGGGUCAAUUAAGAAGCUUAACGUACCUUGGACUGUCUGGCAAUAAACUCUCUGGACAUAUUCCAGAUACCUUGGGUCAAUUAAGAAGCUUAACGUACCUUGGACUGAAUGGGAAUAAACUCUCUGGUUUGAUCCCUCCAUCUUUAUAUAAUCUUUCGUCUAUUACUGAAUUUUAUCUCUGUAAAAAUAAGCUUAGUGGAAGUCUUCCUAAAAACUUAUUCCUCACCCUUCCGCAUCUCCAGCGGUUUUUUAUCAAUGAAAACCAAUUUACCGGAUCUCUUCCAGUCUCAUUAUCUAAUGCUUCAGAACUACAGUAUUUCCAAGUUGACAUGAACAAUUUUACGGGAAAAAUUUCAGUCAAUUUUGCAGGCCUGCCCCGUUUGGAGGUAUUAUUAAUUCAAGAUAAUAAUUUUGGAAGUGGAGAUGAUGAUGAAAUGAAUUUCUUUCAAUCUCUAUUCAAUUCUAGCAGUUUACGGAUAAUAGUUCUUUCAUGGAAUCAACUCAAAGGAACGUUGCCUAAUGUUUUGGGGAGAGGUUCCAACAAAAGGGGUUUUCGCAAAUGCUAGCGCAAUAUCACUCAUUGGAAAUAGUAGAUUGUGUGGGGGCAUAUCGGAACUAAACUUGCCGA